ACAAACUGGAACACUAAAUUUAAUAGAGAGUUUACUGUAGUCCACAAGAGAUGUCGUUUUGAACGUGUAAAUAAACAUGGCUCUCCGGCGCUUAAAUGUUUGUGUUUCGUUCUCAUGGAAAAUGAAGUAUUCUACCCACAGUGACCCCUUGGGCACAAAAUUAAAAGAACGGCAAGCCCAGAUGAUGAAGAAAGGUUUGCCGGUCAAAAAACCAAUCGAAGGCGUAAAGAAUGUCAUACUUGUCGCCUCCGGUAAAGGUGGUGUUGGCAAAUCCACUGUGGCAGUCAAUCUUGCCCUUGCACUGAGUCGGCACUUACCUACACAAGAUGUUGGUCUGCUAGAUGCAGAUAUAUUUGGGCCUUCUAUACCGACUAUGAUGAAUCUCUCUGGUAACCCCUCAUUAACCGAGAAAAACCUUAUCAAACCACUUGUGAACUACAAUAUCAAAUGCAUGUCAAUGGGAUUUUUAGUUGACAACAAUGCUCCAGUUGUUUGGAGAGGUCUCAUGGUAAUGUCAGCCAUUGAGAAACUCCUACGCCAGGUAGAUUGGUCGCCAUUAGAUUACUUGAUAAUAGAUAUGCCUCCUGGCACGGGCGAUACCCAACUAUCCAUAGCUCAAAAUAUCCCAGUGGCGGGAGCCGUUGUCGUCACCACCCCACAGGAAAUUGCAUUAAUCGAUGCUCGGAAAGGGGCGUUGAUGUUUGAAAAAGUGGGAAUACCUGUCCUGGGUCUAGUCAACAACAUGGCUUCGUAUUCGUGCCCCAACUGUGGUCAUCAUAGUCAUAUUUUUGGUGCCACGGGCGCCGAGAAACUCGGCAAAGAAAUCGGUGUAGAUGUCUUGGUGGACAUACCGUUAGACACCUCUAUAAUGGAGGCUGCUGACGGUGGCUAUCCGAUUGUUAUCUCUUCUGCAAGCAAUAAUCCCUUGGUCCAGGCGUACAUGUCGUUAGCCGAAAAGGUUCUUAGUCGAUUGAGUGCUAUUAAGAAUGAGCCGAGCCGGUGAAAGAAAUAAGAGAGAUACAGCGAGGCACUGAGAGUCAAAGGAGAGAUUACGUGUGUGAGUAAAUGAGUAAGGAAAAUUGAAAAUUCAUUUUCGGAUGUGAGAGAAAAAAAAUAAAGUUACAUGCGGUUUAUUUUUUGGUUGUUAGUGCGACUAGACAUCGGCUUCGUCACGUGACCUUUUUAUCGUUUUCAAACUGUAUGCCAUCCCCCAUAAGCUCGAGAAGAAAAAAAAAUUGGGAAAACAAUACAAUUAUUAGGAAAAAGGAAAAUUGUUCUAAUUAAAAACAUUGCUGGACGAUAAAAAAUAACAUGGAGAAAAUCGGUUGAGUCGAUCAUGGGGAAAAAAGAGGGAUCCACCCAUAAUCAUGGAAUAUUUCAGUUCCUUUCUUUCUUUCCCCUUUUUUUGUGUGUGUUUUGAAGAAGGUAUUUGAAGAGGUCAUCGUGAGAUCAGCAAAAAGAAAAAGAGAGCCAAAAAAUGUAAACAAAAAAAUUUCAAAAUAAAAUUCAAAAACUAGUUCGUGGGAGGAAGUUUCUUUCUUUCUUCUCUGUAUCGUAUAGGAACACCAGUAAAGUAUAGUAACAAGGGCCGGGGUGGGGAGGAGAUAACACACACAUCGCACACACAAAAAAAGAAGAAGAUACAAUGCGAAGGAUCCAUCCCCAUUCUUUCACCUCUCCCGUGUGGAACACACACAUACACACACACACACACUAAAAUUCUGUACAGUGAUAACUCAUCGUCCGUACGGAUAAGAGUAGAAAGAAGGAGGAGGCAAACGGUUGGUGUUAAUAUUUGUUGUUGUUUUGUAAAUUAAUAUGAUUCACAUUUCCAAGGAUUCCCGACAAUAUUAAAAAUGACUGCUAAAAAAGGAAGAAAAAAAAAAGGAAUGUUUCUGUUAGUUGCAUCUAAAAGUCCCGUCACCAUCGUUAGUAGCGCUGCGGGUUAAUUGGAUGAUUCCCAUAUGACAAUGCUUCCGAGUUAGUUGAAUGCUUUUUUUUUUUUUGUUUAUUCAUUUUUCUUCCUUUUUUUUUUUUCUUUUCCUGACUUGUUUAUUUUUAAAUCCUGGUUCGUUGGUUUUGGUUUCGUCUUCCAUCGUUACGAAUUUCUUUCUUUUUCCUUUCUUUUUUUAUUCUUACGUAAUGUACAAUCGAGUCUCUUUUUUGUUUUGUUUUCUCUCGUUAGUCGGACUGUGUGAGUGUUUUUCUUGGGAGGUGGGAAACUAAGAAUUUGCUGAUGAGGAAUAUUAACGCUCCGGUGGACGUUCAACCACAUAGGGUCUCUUCCGUUCCCGACAGGAUUUUUUGUGAACAGGCCAGUCCUUUUGUUGGCAAUAGGUCCCGCAGUAUCUGGCUUCCUGUAAAUAUAAACCAAGUGGUGCGAGGCGAAAGGGAAAAAGAACAAGAACAAAAAAAUUAAGUUUUGGGCCAGAGAAUGCAGACAAGAGAUUCAACGUGUCAGUCUCUUUCUGGAUUGUUCUUACUCUUUGAGCUAUGUGUGACAAAGGGACUUGACAUACCUGACACCGUCCGCAAAUAGAGAAUUCUCUCAGCUCGCGUUCCAUAUUCGUGCACGGCGGGUAGUGGCAUUCGUAGUAGCAGAAGGUAUCGUCUUCGUCGUCAAUCACCUCGCCAUUGACAUUAUAAUAACGCGUAACUCCCAGCUCGCCAAAAUGCUAACGAUCCAAUUGAUUUCGUUUGAUUAGUACAUUUUCGAAAUUGGUGGCCAACUGCGUGCACGUUACCUCUUCGACCGGAUCGGCAGGUAAUUGUUGUAUGGCAGCCCAGUAAAGCGAAUGUUCCCUGGUGGUUGUCGGUGUUGUGUUGACGCUAAGGUCGUCACAGUGAUGUUGGACGCUGGUGGCCGACGUCGUCGUCGUCACGGUAGCGCGAUGGACAAUGUUGUGUUGGCGACCGCUAGAUGGAAGCGCCGUCCCUUUGGCCACCAAAUUCAAAUUUUCUAGGCGAUUAUCCACCGUAACGCCGUUGCGGUGAACGACUUGAAAACCUGGCGCUAUACCUCCACAGUGUCUCUCCC